GAGUGGUGGUAAACUAUUCGCUUUUGUGUAGUUUUGCCAAGUCGGGGACGGUCCGAAUUAGACCGACUACAUGUGGUUUGUUGUGCGUGUGUCAAAAGUGUCGUGAACUUGUCGAUUUAGCAUUCGAAAGUGUGCAAGCGUUUCGCGUUUUGUUCAAAAAGUGUGUAAAAUGUCAGAUGUGGCGCGGAGCGAGUGGCGCGGGAACGCGGCAUUUUUUAGAUUCCGAUAGGAUUCGAAAGUUGAAACUGCAUGUUUACGAACGAUGCAUUUGUACGUGUUUAAGCGUUAAUUUUAGUACGAAGCUGUGAUUUAUUUUUAUCGUGGGAAAACUGUGACAAAAUGAGGCGUACGGGAUUGUGUAUUUUUGACGCGGCGCUAUGGUGCUUCGUGGUGUACCUCCUGGGACACAUGCCGACCAUAGAGAUGAGAGUGGACGAGCUCGAGCAAGCGGCACAGAAGUACAGAAGUCCAGAGCCAGUACCAGCAUCCACACCAGCACCCAUAUACCCCAAGCCCAACAUGAAACUGGGGAAGUGUUUCCACUUGGACCGUUCCCAGUGCCCCACCAAGGAGCUACGCUGUGACACAGUGGACCCUACUUCUGUGUUCUGCUGUGACGUGGACAGUUUCACGCUGAAAGAAGGCCUUACCGCUUAUAUGAAACAGAACAUAACAAAUCUCCACGUCCUGAACGCCACCAUAACGGAGUUGGACCUGUCUCAGUCUGUGUUCCGACGUCUGGCGUCCAUGGCGCUUACCGACGGCAACAUCGGGCAGAUAGUUGGUCAGUUCCCAAAGCACUCCUCAAUCGCCUGCCUCAACAUCUCCAACAACAACCUAACAACAGCCAAACUGCCGACCACCCUGCGGCCGUUCGCGUACCUCUUCAACCUCACCGUGUUGGACGCGUCGGCGAACAACCUGACGGAGUUCCCGCUCAGCCUGGUGCAGAGUAAUCGGAAGAUAUUUAUAGAUAUGUCAGGGAACAACCACAUGCCGUGCAAAGAGUUCCAAAUGGCUAUGGACAGCAACAAUUCUCUAGUGACGUUCCUGAACUACAACAAAACGUAUUGCGUGCGGGAUAUUCGCUUCAGCGACAGGCAGUGGUUCCAAGAGAAGUCGUUUCUGCAAAUUGACCAUCUUAAAGUUCAAAAGGAGCUGACUACUAUCUGCCGCAACAUCAAGCCUCUGGACGCGAACUGCACUUGCUUCCUGGAUAGACUGGAACUGACGCACCUGGAGUACAUGGUGACGGUGGACUGCACGCAGCGGCACCUCAAGGUCAUGCCGACGGAUCUGCCGCCGAACACUUGGAAGCUGAACGUGUCUUAUAAUAAUAUAACGAGCCUAGAAGUGGUCGGCGACGACCAGUCGUACGAGCUUCUCAAGGUACUCAUAGCAGACCACAACGAUAUAGAGAACAUUGGUCCGCUGGAGGGGACCAAGUUCGCUGACAACUUCAUGUUGUUCUCAAUCACGCACAACAAGCUGAAGAAUAUCCACACGUACAUGCUGUCGAACAUGUUCGACAACCCGGGGUCCUACAACACGUUCCUCAUUGGCGGUAAUUACAUCCACUGCGACUGCAACACUGAGAAAGUCAUCAAACCAUGGCUAAUAGAAGUCUCAAAAACCAUCCUCGACUACAAAGAGCUUUACUGCGAAGACAACAUGGGCCCAGUUGUAGAACUUAAAGAAUUCCAAGUAUGCCACACUCCUAGAGACUGGACCGACUAUAUCUACUACAUUAUCACUCUAGAAGUUUUAAUUCUAGUGCUUCUAAUUAGUAAAGUAUCUUACGAUUACUGGAUCUUCAAGACGGCGGGCUAUUUGCCGUGGCCGGCUAAUAAGAUGCCGCGUCUGCCCUGUGAUUGGCUGUGUGAGUGACGCGCUGAUUGGUGGAUAUUGGUGCGAUGUGAUUGGCUCGCGCGUGGCAGGUCCAUGCGUUUGUCUGGAGUCUCAGAGGUUUAAGUUUUCCAGUCAAAAAACGACCUUGAGGAUUAAAAUAUAUAA